GUCCAAGGAACAGACGGGACAACACUCGAAGAUGGCGGCCUGCUUCUCGAGCAGCAGCCUUCCGUGCACCAAGGCCGACUGGCCGGCGUGCGGCUACGCGUUCGUCAGCGACGCGCCGUUCGCCGUCCUGAGUGUUUUCUGGCUCGGCUACGGUCUCGCUCACCUUCGCCGCCUUGGCUCGGCCGGCUCGUUCUUGCACUUUGACGUCGACGCCAUCCACGACCCGGUCGCGCAAGGCAUAGCGAUUGCGCUGGCGCAGCGUAAGUCGGGUUCUCAUCGACGCAUCCAGCUGCAGCGGUACUUGAAGCUGCUCGGCAUGUGGGCCGAGUGGCCGUCGUACACGUACACGCCGCUUGCGAUUGGGCUCAAAGCCACGGGCGCCAACGGCCUCGUGAACCCCAACCUCUUUACCUUCAACGUCUACAGCGAGGUACUCAACAUCACGGCGGCAGUUCUCAGCGGCAGCCUCCUUCUGCUCCUCCGGCACUGGCGACGCGUUCAGCACGAGCCCCUCUUGCGCCGGUUUGGGUACCCGCUCGUGUUUGAUGUGCUCUACAUUCCGCUCAUUUCAACGUGUACACGGCUCGCAACGUGCCCCGCGGGGUACGUGCACUUGUCGCUUCCGGGCGGCGCGACGUGCGACUGCCUCGACCGCUUUGGCAUCUUUUGGAGCGUUGGGUUUGUGGGCUUUUUGCUCUUGUACAGCAGCGCGCUCCAUUACAAAAUGUACAUUGAGCCGACGGGGACGACGAUGGAAUUUCGCUUUCAGCGCGGGUUCCAAGUCAUCAUGGUCAUGGCCCGCACACUCAAUCCGCUCAUGUCGAUGCGCGCCAACGACAGCGACUUGAAGCAAACCUCUGCGAUUCCCGUGGUGGCCAUGAUCGUGUUUCUCGCGUGCGUGCUGUUUCUCCUCGUGUAUUCGUACAAAACGCAACCCUGCAUUGGCAGCGGCCGCAUCCCCAACAACAUUCGCGUGCUCUCGUUUGCGAGCUCGCUCUACACUGCGUGCAGUGUUCUGUGCGUCCUGGCCGAGAACGGCGACGACAAUGCGCUCUACUGGAGCCUACUGCCGCUUCCACUCGUGUGGCUCACCGCCUGGAAAAUCAACGGGCGCCGCGCGACGCAAUACCACAUUCCUCAUCUCACCAUACUGGAGCUCCUCCAAAUGCCAUCCCCCCAAAGCAAGCUCGUGGGAACGAUUGCAGCUCUGCAUGUGGACGCAGCCAAAGUCCGACAUCGCGACCACGACGCCAUCAUAUCGCAGCUCCUCAAGAUCGCCAAGCUAGCACGGUCCGGCGAGCUCCUUUGCCGUGCGUAUGCCAUUCGAAUACUGUGGUUUUGCCACAUUGAGAAUUUUCGAAAAACCAAAACUUGCGUGGGCGAGUUAACGCCCGAGACCGCCGUGCCCUCCAAGCUCUGGUGCAAAGACCGGGCGAUCCCGAUGCGACUCGCCAAGGCCAAGUCCACCACGUCCUUCUUUCCGCUUCAGGACCCGACCGCGUCGUCCCGGAAGCGUGUCAAGAUCCACCGUGUCUCGACCAUCACGAUCCCGACAAAGGUCGACGACGAGCCCGAGGAGCCUACCACAGCAUCGGCCCAGAGCCCUCGGAAAUGGUUCAUCGGGGGGUCCCAUCGAUCGUCCAAGCACAGCUACCGGGUCUCCACGCUAAAGACCGCACCGACCGAAGCCUACCAUGUUGUAUGCAUUCGUGAUAAACACUGGAUCUCGCGCGUCGAGGAGCCGGCCGCUGCACACUUCCACUGCGUCAGUUUGUACCACAUGGCGCUCGAGGCGCUCGCGCAGAGCUGUGCGCAGAGCGACGUGCGCGCGAUGCACCAGGUGGCGCGUUUGCUUCUCGAGUGGUACAACGCACGGUACCUUCGCCUCAACGGUACGAUCCUCACGCACAUGCUCUCGACGUUGUGUGCGACGAAUGACGUCAAGCUCGUGACCGACGCGACGUUGACCUUGCUCAAGGUCUUUGGCGACGGCGUUGUGCCCUACGACCUCUGGCUUCGCAAUGCGUCCUAUCUCAAUCACUUUCUCCUGGUCUUCCAGCAGCCGUACGCGCCAACGAUUCUCCGAGCCGCGACGCUCCUACAGCAUGUUUUGGCGCUCGGCGAGGCGGACGAGAAAACGAACCUCUUUCAGCUCCUGACGCCCGAGUCGAUGCGCUUGAUUCACGCCGCGCUCUACAAAUGGCACGACGACUACGCUAUCAGCGAGCGCCUCGAGGCGAUCUGUGACAGCUUGUACAACAUUGAGCUGCACAUGCACGCGCACCGGCUGCAGGAGCAGCUGCGGCGCAAGUCGCUGGCGCAGACCAAGAUAAACACGAAUGUGCUUUCGUGGGUCCAGCAGCAGCACAAGGCAAUGGUCACCGCCAUCCACCGGUCCGCCGAGUCGAUGGUCACUGCUGUCUCGAUGCGGAUCGCGCAAAGCGUGCGCGAGUUUCGCAGCUCGGGGUCCUCGAUUCUCUCGCGCCGGUCGCAUAUGUCGCACCGGUCGGUCCGACUCAAAAGCGCCAACUUGUCGUUGAUUCGUUCUUCGUCUCGCCGGUCAAGUCUGCUCACGGGGACGUCGAGCUUUUCGCAGCUCCCGCUUCCGGUGCCGUCGCACCGCUCGACGGGACGGUUUCAGUCGUCGACGGGCGCGUCGUUCAAGGAGCCCGCCGACUCGAUCCCGUCGGCACACGAGAGCAAUCUAGCGUCCACAAACAGCCGCAUCAACUCGCAGCAAACCUUGCGCGAUGUCGAACCGCGACACGCUUUUCUCGAGGAUGGGGCGAAAAUAGUGAUUGCGACCGAAUCGGCCGACGUUGUCCCGUUCCACGCCCCCGAAACCGAGGGGCCGCCCCCCGAGGCCCCGCCAAUGCCACGUCCAAAACGGAUGCCGGCCCGCACGCAACGGCUUGCGACGGCGCAGCCAUUUGUGUUUGUGACCGUCGCACUCUUGAGUGAGCUGGAUCGGCGGCAGUCGCUUCGCGCCCAGUUCCAAGAGCUUUUGUGGGAAGCCAAGGAAGGGUACGAGAUGGCCGUGCAGCACCCGACCAACGCCGAGUGGUUUGCCGCUCAAUUGCGCCAGUCGCCAGUCGCAGGCAGUCCGCAAAAGCGUCGGCAGCGACAUGGCAACCAUGAUAUUUUGGACAAGUUUUCCAGAGUUCUCGAGCUCUACACGUUUGCCGAGAACUGUGCGAUGGAAGAUUUCGUCCAUUCCGGUUUGGACAUUCGUCUGCGCGCUUUCUUUGACGACCACGUCGCACCUUUUUGCGCGCUUGUCGCACCCGCCUCGACCAAGACAACGUCGCGCUGGUGGUCUUAA